CUCGGUUUGAUCCAUCAAAAGACUGGAAAUAAUCCCGAUGAUAGAGGAUCCAUGUUUACACGCCGGCUGUUCAUUGUCUCCAUUCUCGUUGUGGGAGUAAAUGAAGGACAGAAUAAUGUCGCUGACUCACAGAAAACCGUUGUGGUAAAGGCCGGGGAAAACGCCACUCUGCCAUGCCAGAUGCCAAACACGAUUAAAACAGUGAAUUGGACCCGAAAUAAUAAAAUUGUGCACCUCUAUCGAAGCAAUGGUGACUAUCUAGUUCAACAGGACAAACACUUCAAAGGCAGAACAUCACUUUCCAAACUCAGCGGAAAUUGUUCACUAAUGAUUAAAAACACGAAUCAACUGGAUGAAGGAAAUUACACCUGCCAUGUGCGUGAUUUGUCACGCACUGACAAGUUCAACAUUACUCUCAUUGUUAUGAAGGAAAGCGACAAAGGAGAUCAGACUGGGGGUGAUAACAGCCCGAUCAAUGGCUCUGGUAAUCCCACAUACCCCCCUCCUACUGACCACACGAUCCGCAUCAUCGUCGCUGUCUUUGUUGCCCUUGGGUUCUUGCUUUGAUCUCUUGUCUCAUCUGGAAAUACCGGCGGUGCAGGAUUCACUACUCUCUCCUUAUCGUCUCACAGAUAGACAACCGGACAACCAAAACGCGAAUGAGGAGAAGACAGUGGUGCAAGAGGCUUUACUCUUCAAAUCCACGACAACAUGCGAAAAGCACUGCGAAAGUGUAGAAACAACCUUCUAGCUCUAAUGAAUUCAUAUUUAUUCAUAUAAUUUUGUUUUUUUGAGGUUUUUAUUUACAAAAUUCGGUGUUUCUGUUAACGCAGGUCAGAUGCAGAGCUAAAGGUUUAACACUGAAUUGCUGUAGUGCACCAUGUAACAGCACAACAGUACUGCAGUGUGUGAGUUUGUUUAAGCUUCGUCACAGGUGUCUGAUGUUAAAAACACUUUUGGGAGGUUGGAAGACUAGAAAAGUGCUUUGCAAGUGUAAGUCUGUUUACCAUUUAGUUAAUGUGAACAACAAGAGGAAAUGUUAUGAGACUAUCAACAAGCAAUAUCCUGAACUGGAUUCAAAACAAUGACGUCUGGUACUUUAUUUAGCACUGACUCGUAAUAGGUCAUAAUUAUACACAUAUGCAACGCUGUGCAAUAAUAGUUAUAAAUGAUGUCUGAACCAUUGAACCAUUGAGUCAUUAAACCCCAGAGUUUAUGCUGAUACUGCCUUUUUACACAGAUAUUCAAAAAUUGCCUCAAAAAGCAGCACCAUGUGUGGAGCUGGGAGGAGGGGCCAAGAAACGCUGAGGUUUUGUUGGUGACAAAAGCUGCUGCCGGGAUCUAGACCUGAAUCCAUCAAUACUAAACACCUUUUUAUACACUGUUUGGUGCUUUGGGGGUUUAGGUACUCUAACUAUUGA